AUGGCGGACAGCGCCAGCGAGAGCGACACGGACGGCGCCGGCGGCAGCGGCGGGGGCGGCGGCCCGGCGGGGGCGAUGACGGCGGGCGGCCCGGCGGCGGGGCCCGGCUCGGGGGCGGCGGGCGGCGGCUCCGGGGGCAAGGCGGGCGGGAUCGUGAUCUCGCCGUUCCGGCUGGAGGAGCUGACGAACCGCCUGGCCUCGCUGCAGCAGGAGAACAAGGUGCUGAAGAUCGAGCUGGAGACCUACAAGCUCAAGUGCAAGGCGCUGCAGGAGGAGAACCGCGACCUGCGCAAGGCCAGCGUCACCAUCCAAGCAAGGGCAGAGCAGGAAGAGGAAUUCAUCAGUAAUACUCUGUUCAAGAAGAUUCAAGCUCUUCAGAAAGAAAAGGAAACACUUGCAGUAAACUAUGAAAAGGAAGAGGAAUUUCUCACUAAUGAGCUCUCAAGAAAACUGAUGCAGCUUCAGCAUGAAAAGGCUGAACUGGAGCAGCAUUUAGAGCAGGAACAGGAGUUUCAAGUGAAUAAACUGAUGAAGAAGAUUAAAAAACUGGAAAAUGAUACCAUUUCCAAGCAGCUCACCCUGGAGCAGCUAAGGCGUGAGAAGAUUGACCUUGAAAAUACUUUGGAACAAGAACAAGAAGCGCUAGUGAAUCGUCUCUGGAAGAGGAUGGAUAAGCUUGAAGCAGAAAAACGAAUUUUGCAGGAGAAAUUAGACCAGCCAGUAUCUGCUCCACCAUCACCCAGAGACAUAUCAAUGGAGAUAGAUUCUCCAGAAAAUAUGAUGAGACAUAUCAGAUUUCUAAAGAACGAAGUGGAGAGAUUGAAGAAACAACUGAGGGCUGCACAGCUACAGCAUUCAGAGAAGAUGGCACAAUAUUUAGAAGAGGAGCGACAUAUGAGAGAAGAAAACUUGAGACUUCAAAGAAAAUUACAGAGGGAAAUGGAACGUAGGGAAGCACUCUGCAGGCAACUGUCAGAAAGCGAAUCCAGCUUAGAAAUGGAUGAUGAAAGAUAUUUUAAUGAGAUGUCUGCACAAGGAUUAAGACCUCGCACUGUGUCCAGUCCUAUCCCUUAUACACCCUCACCAAGUUCUAGCAGACCUAUAUCACCUGGUCUGUCAUAUGCAAGUCACACAGUUGGUUUCACACCACCAACUUCACUGACUAGAGCUGGAAUGUCUUACUACAACUCCCCAGGCCUUCAUGUGCAACAUAUGGGACCAUCCCAUGGUAUUACAAGGCCUUCACCACGAAGAAGUAACAGCCCUGACAAAUUUAAACGUCCCACUCCUCCUCCUUCUCCAAACACGCAGACCCCAGUGCAGCCACCUCCGCCACCACCUCCACCACCUGUGCAACCUACGGUCCAAUCCGCAGCAUCGCAGUCAGCCACUUUUCAACAUUCAGUGCAUCCCUCCUCUCAACCUUAGUGCAUGUGCUCAGCAGUCUGUAUGUCACAAGUGGACUCAUAACACAGAGCAGUUUACUAAAAGCCAAAGGCUUACUUGGCAUAUUUGGAUUUGACUUAUUUGCACUGAGGUUAUAUAGGCUUCACUGUUAAUUGUGUUGUAAACGUUUGUAUAAAAUGCAGCCAGUGUUGUGGGUCUACAACACUAACUUAACAAAGUUUUCCAUCAGUGUUUACUUGAACUACAUGUGUGUCCAUUCUCUGGCUGGAACAUUUGCUACUCUGUUUGGUAAUACGGCAUUAUGUCCUUUUGCUUGGCUCCAAAGCUUCAUUUUCCUGGCUUUUAGGUUUGUAAAAUUAAAGGGAUACCUUUUUAUAUUUUUUCAUGACAAUUUGCAGAAAAUUAAAGGCAUGAUGGGCUCUACAAUAAAUUCUGAAAUAUGACAAUGUUUACCAAGCUUAUGGAAAGUCAGCACUACAUUUCAGUCAUUUGAAAUAACAGCUUCUAGUGCAAAAGUGAGUCAGACACCAUAAUCAGUGCCCAAGACACAUACUCUGUUGUAUUGUGUAGCAAAUAAGCUUAAUUCAGCACACAGGACACGUCCAUAUUUCUCCUGUUUAAAAGCACCUCAAAUGUAUGGUACAGUCUGGAUUUGACAGUGAGGGAACUGGCUUGUUGGAGUCUGUGGAAUGUACAAUUAGUGGACUUUGAAGAUUUGAUGAUUUCACUUGACAUUUUUGUUAACCUGUAAGCUGCCCAUACUGUGUGAUAUCUCACAAUUAACUUCGGUAAGUGUGGUCCCGCCCACAGGUUACUGACGGAUGAUUAAAGUGUGCUCUUUGACUUGGGGUUGUUUUUUUGCUGCAGAAGGCAAUGUGAUUGUAGAGAACAGCUGAUGAUAAUAUUUUCUUUUUCUUGUUAAAAUAUCUUAAUUGUGAUUCCCCUGAAGCAAAGUUUGAGCAGGCAUUCUAAAUGUUCAAAAUCUGUUAGAACAUAAGAUGUGAGCAUAUAGGAAUACAUUGGCCUAACAGCCGAAAUGUUGUAUUGCUUGGUAGAAACAGAGUACCAGAAAGUAGCACAACUUGGCACUAAUGAAUGCUUGUUUAGCAGCCUAAGCCGGUACAAUGUAUGAAGAAAUGUAUUCUGAAUACAUUCUUUCCAUUCAUCUAGCACAAAUAAAUUGGUUUCACUUUGCAGUGGAACAAAAGUGUCACUUCUUGAUAUUGACAACUUAGUUAAUGGUUUUUUUUUCCUGAGGUUGCUGUUGAGUACUGAAAUUUAUAUAUUAUUGAUGAUUUUAAGUGGUUUACCUCAUAUAUAUGGAUAUGUGGGCCAUGGAAAAUGACAAGAGAAUGUUUAUUUUAUGAGAAUAUGUAUCUGGCUAUAAUCAGAGCAGAACGUGAGUAAUUUAUCUUUUGUUUACAAAAGUUUGUUUGACAUGCCUAAUGCCUCAUUAAGGACAUUUUUAAGAAGAAAAUAACAGCAUACUGGUAGAAUACUAACACUUCGACAUAUAUUUUCAUGUUUGCCUCUCACCUAUUCAGUAGGAAUUGCAAACUGAAAUUCGUCAUGAAAUUAGUGCUCUAAAUCCAAGUCGUACGUUAAAAUAAUGUUGUAAAAGGUUCUGAUUAAAGCAAAAUUAGAAUUUCUUCACUGUAGCUGUGUAGUUUCAACUCUGAGAAGAUUUAGAGAAAUGCAUAUAUAGCCUAUUAUACUUCUUAAACCAAUAUGGGAUCAAGUGCAUUAUCAAAUUACGUUAGUUAUGGUAGUGACUCUUCAAUCAAGUGAUUCUCAAGAUUGUGGCAAACCUGAAAUUUGACCGGUGCUUCCAUCUGAAAACAAUUAGCUAUAGCAGAUGCUCAGCUUUCCAUAGAGGAAACUCAGCACUGAGCAUUGCAAUUAAACAGAGCUCCUGAAUCAGUGGUGGGAUUGAAUGAUAGAAAAUUACAGGCAGUCAGAUAUGGGACUAAGGUCAGGAUAGGAUUGGUUUGGUUUGAUGCUUGUCCUUUUGUAAACGUAAGACAAAGAAAAAAAUAAUCUUCCUUUAUAAGUAGGAUUCCAGCUCAAGUAUACCACUCUUUGAAACUAUGCCCUCCUUCCUGAAGUGCUUUGAGAUUCUUGGACUUACGUCUCUACAUCUCUACAGAGUGCGAGCUCGUAGUGGUGGUAUGAGAGAGAGGAGGGGAGGGGGGAAAGCCUUUGGCAGUGUUAAGAUGUUGAAAUGGAAAAUUGCCUAGUCUAAUUUACCUUUGAAGCGUAUUCCAAAACUGAAUUUGUGUAACCCAAGUUCAGCUGCUGUUACAAAGUGUCUUAGUGAACUCUCCUUACUAUUCCAAUGGGACUGUUACCAGAGGAAAGUAAAGAACUGACAAAUGUAUACCUAAUCUUGAAAGUGUAACAAGGCGCUGAAUUGGCCUUACUGAACUAAGAACAGUGAACAAAUAUGUGCUUGCAAUCAGAAGUGUUAAACUCUGUUUGUAGACUUUUUGAAUAAGAUGAGAAACUGUGCACAACCAUCUCCUAAUAAAUGUAAAUGGAUUUUCAGUUUUCCUUGUGAAUUAUAGUCAUGAUUCCACAGAUCUCCUGUAGACUGGAGGAACUCACUUGACAGUGAGGUACAGCUUACAAUGAGGGCUUAAGUGCUUGGCUUCUUUAUCUCAGAAGUCCCUGGGGGGGUUUCUGUUUUCCUCUCUGUUACUAAUGCCUGUCAGUUGCACACUGUCAUCACUAGUUGUGUAAGGCCACAGGAGCAACUUUUGGCUGUGAUGAGCAUUUUGUGACCCUAUGCCUUUACAGCUAGAGAUUGUUUUGUUUUGUUUUGUUUUUAAAUAAAUGUUUUAGCUGUCUUGACAGUGCUUUCCUCUCUGACAAUCAAGCAGCUUUCUUUUUGCUUUUUCUCCCAAGGGAUCUGCCUUGGACAGUGGAAUGCAGUUGAUACUCUGUAGAACAUUGAGAGCUUCUUUUAUCCACAGUUUUUUUCCAGAGAAAUUCUUGAGAAGAAGAGGUCUUCCAGCUCCCAGACAGAUAAGAUUGUUUCAAUUGCAUGUACUCUUCUGAGAGCAUGUUCCCAAUGGCAGAAAGGACUAUCAGAGUUGUUUCAAGAAAGUGUCAGUGCUUUCCUAUUAGCAGUCACUGUACUGGAGCUGAACGGAACAGAAUUCUGUUCCUGUUAAAGAGUUCAUGUUCAGGAAUCCAUCUGCCUGGGGGAGGCCCCUGUGCACUUCAGCUGAAUGAAAAAUGCAGUCUUGGAAGCGAGGAAAAUAAGAGAGCUUCCUGGGAUCCAUGUGAGUUGCACUGCUGACAGGAAACAAUAUAGACUGUCUAUCUUUUGCUAGAGAAAUGGAAACUGAUCAUGGAGACAAAUAAGAGCCUUGAAUUCUUUGUCAAUCCAGGUAAUGCAUGCAGGGACCGUACUUUGUAGUGCUUUGUUCAAGCAGUGUGAGUUCUAAUACUGUUCAGCUCUUUUUGAUAUUUUCGUUUCAGCCAUGGCAAUCUAUUUCUUUUUGAUCCUUGGGAGUCUACAGAGCUUGGACUAUGCGGAACACAUUCCUCCAGUUCAAGCAUCUCAAAAGAAACCAGAAGGUUUAUGAGUGUAAGCUAUACAAUUAUGAUACAUGUGUAUGUUACAACAGCCUCCUUGAGGGGAAAGAUCUGUUCUCUCAAAGAGAGAGAGAGAGAAAACAGAGCCCCUAAUUAUCAAGUGGACUGUAUGCAUACAGACAAUCUGGUUUCCUCAGUUCCCUCCCAGCCCUUUUUGGAUUUGAUCUACAGUUCCUAAUCUUAUAAUUCUUUUGAAAUUCCACAUCUCACUGUAAUAAUUAUUCAGGAGAUUUUCAUGUUCCUUUUUGGGUAAUAACCACUAGUCCCAGUACAGCUAAAGGUUAAGAGUCAUUGCCACUUUGUGCGCUGGAGGAAGUCACUGAAUCUGCCAGGCUGUGGCCUUUAAAUGCAGUUGUAAUUUAGGUGGGAGAGUGUGUUCAUAUCAUGCCUUUUUUCUCUUAGCCAGCUACUGCUGUUGAGCAUUAGUUGUGUGCCCUGAAGAGGAGAUGAAACUGUGGAGUUUGACGCUGCAUUUAACAGACAGCUGCUAUGUUAGAGAGAAUAGUACUUGGUCCUGUUCAGCUACUUAGGCUCCAAAGAAAGUACUACCUCGUCUUUAGCUUGCAAUGAUGUGGCUGGAGGGUCAGGAGUAAUGUCGAUGGUGUACUAGGUUUUGUUUUGCAUGUAUUACCUGGCUGAGAGUCUUUCCUCGCUGGAACUGGACUUCAGAGGUUAUAAAGCUUUUGUAGAGGAGUGGGAAGUCAAGGCAGAUGGUUGACGGUUGAGUUUGAGAAAACUGUAUGUCCAUGUAGCAAAUUGCUACCCAGAGUACUCUUUGAAUAGGCCUGGGGAUUGCCUGUACUAAAACUACAGUUUUUCUCUGUGGUUUCCUUUCUUCAAAAAGUGCUCUGUUGCAGUUCUUGAAGUUCCUGGUAUUAGUAUCUAAUUCAAAACAAACAAACAAAAAGCGACUCCCCUUUCCACAGAAAUACUGGAAGUAGUCUGUGUGCAGAGGCGGGUUUUCUCACCACCUAAAUUAAUGCUGUAUCUAUGAAGAAAGGUGUUUUAUUCUAGUGGUAAAACAUAAACUGUCCAAGGCACUUUAGUUUGUGAUUGCUGACUUUUGUUUUGGCAGGUGUUUCAGAUGAAAACUAAGCCUCCUGUGGAGGAAGAAAAAAAAAUCACUUGACAGCUGUAGACUGUUCCUUUCCUGCAGAAAUACAGCAAUUUCCUCAAAUGCAAGUACAAAUGGAACAAGUAUCUUUGAGCUUUUCUGGAGCUUACAGUUAAUUUCAAUACCUUGGUGAUUGCUCUUGUGUAUUUAGAGAAUCUACAAAGCCUCAUUAUAGGUUGGCUGGGUGUCUAGCUGGUAAUUUCUGUUUUCCUGAUCCUAGUGGAGGAAGCCUGUUCAAAUUUGGAUCAAAUUUAUACAUCCACUGGCUAACAACAAUGGUCAAAGUGCAGAUUUGUUGAGCAUGAACCCAAGUGAUGACUAAAAGCAUUACACUGUGUUGGUGUGAAUUGGAGCUUUUAUGGUUGAAAGAACCUCAGUUACAAAGACCUUUUUUAGCAGGUUACAUUUUAUUCCUGUAUUAGCUGUAUUAUUGCUUUGUUGUAUAUCUCAAGGUGUUUACAUGUAUUUGUAAUUGUUACGAUGUGUCUGUAAUCAAGCUCAUCUGUGCCUUCAUGCAGACU